UUUGUCGUGGUGAAUCAGAAGGGGGAAUAAAAUGCUCAAAAUGGAAAUUACAAUAGAAUUGCACUUCUGGAUACGUUAACCCUCAUGUAGAUGUGAGAAUGGAGACCAAAUAUUUGUAUCUGCUUGGAAAUGUGUUGAAUAGCUGUUCCCUGGAUAAUUGUCUCCAUCCGUGCAUAAAUGACAUGAGCGUGCUUGUGAGAAAGUGUGUAAUUACCAACCAAAAGUCCAAACUUCGGAUACUGUUGUUAAAACAUCUCGAGAUAUGGUAAUAUCAUAAAACAGCGCAGGCGCUCAUUUAUUCACGGAGCGUUUUUGCGCGUCCCUAUUUGUAUUUCAGCGGCGGCACGGGAUGGGGCAGCGCUCCGUUUUUACGCCCAACGCAUUUGGAUACAUACAGCUGCUAAACGGAAACGUUGACGAGGACAGAGACGGAGAGUUGUGGAAACGACGGAGUUAAAAGUUAUUCAAUCAGUUUAAUUAAUUAUCAUCUCCAAAGUGCACACCACUAGAAGUGGCGUUAACGUCACUCUCUCCCGCCUAUCAAGCGCCUAGUAUGCGAUAUCGGAAGUGAGGCACGGCGUCCGCUUGUCCUGAUAUGCCUCAUACGCGAAGAUGACAGGACGAGAGCGCAUCUCAAGAAUUGACACGGAAGCCGACUUUCUACCCCAAGUCAUCAUUGUUUCAAGAUAACCUUUCCGGAGAGAAUAUAAUCAUAUAACAAGGUCUAUGGUUUUUGAUUGAAGAGAGAUUUAGAUAGAAACUAGAUGCUUUUCAGGGAAGUAGAAAGAUAGAAAGUCACCGGGGGUGAAAUAUGGAGCGCGGAUUAUUCAGCCACCUGUUCUCAGCUGGGACCACUGCGUUCUGUUGUUUCUUCUUAUGUGAGUCAAUUUUCUGCCUUGAGAAAGCCCAUUCACACGCGGAGGACAAGCUGUUCAAGAAGCUCUUCAUCGGGUACAACAAGUGGUCCAGACCCGUACCCAACAUCUCAGACGUGGUCAUCGUCAAGUUUGGACUCUCCAUAGCACAGCUUAUCGAUGUGGACGAGAAGAAUCAGAUGAUGACCACCAACGUCUGGCUGAAACAGGAGUGGAAUGACUACAAGCUACGCUGGACGCCGUCUGACUACGACAACGUCACGUCGAUCAGAGUCCCGUCUGAACUCAUCUGGGUCCCAGACAUCGUCCUCUACAACAAUGCGGACGGUGAGUUCGCCGUAACCCACAUGACCAAGGCCCACCUGUUCCACAAUGGGAAGGUGCGCUGGGUUCCCCCGGCCAUCUAUAAGUCCUCCUGCUCUAUAGACGUCACCUUCUUCCCCUUCGACCAGCAGAACUGCAAGAUGAAGUUUGGUUCCUGGACUUACGACAAGGCUAAGAUUGACCUGGAACGAAUCGAGAACACUGUGGAUCUGAACAACUACUGGGAGAGUGGAGAGUGGGCCAUCAUCAACGCAGUGGGAACAUACAACACCAAGAAGUACGACUGCUGUCAUGAGAUCUACCCUGAUAUCACCUACUUCUUCAUCAUCAGACGGCUGCCUCUCUUCUACACCAUCAACCUGAUCAUCCCCUGUCUGCUCAUCUCCUGUCUCACCGUCCUGGUCUUCUAUCUCCCCUCAGACUGUGGGGAGAAGAUCACUCUGUGUAUCUCCGUCCUCCUCUCCCUCACCGUCUUCCUGCUCCUCAUCACGGAGAUCAUCCCUUCCACCUCCCUGGUCAUCCCUCUGAUUGGAGAAUAUCUCCUCUUCACCAUGAUCUUCGUCACUCUCUCCAUCGUCAUCACCGUCUUUGUCCUCAACGUCCACCACCGCUCCCCGGGGACCCAUAAGAUGCCUCGCUGGGUCCACUCUGUCUUCCUGGACCUGAUCCCCAGGUGGCUGUUCAUGAGGCGGCCCGCGCCGGACGGACGGAGACGCAGGUUGUUGUUGCUCCAGCAGGGGGCAGCGGUGGCACGGCACCAGGGACGGACCACUACCACAAGACUACCAGGUGGCCUAGUCCGUCCUCCCUGCCUCAGCACCUCAGCCAGCUGGCUUCGGGAUGGAGGAGGUGGGACCACGGAGGAUCCCCAGAGAUGGACGCCUUGUUAUGAGGACCUGGAGCUGGGGGCUUUGACCUCGUACUUCUCCUUCCGCCCUCCGUCACCCAGACCCCCGGGCUCCACUCCUCCACCCCAGCAGAACCACCCACCCCCAGGGGCAGGGCAGCCCCAGAAACGCCUGGACAGGGGAGGAGGAGGAGGGAGAGGGGUGAAUAGAAGGGAUAACGCCACCCAGCGACCGGAUAAGAUAGAUAACUUGGUGUCAGAGUCUAGAGGGAUAGAGUUCCCUCUGUCUCCCAGCGUUAUACGGGCUCUGGAGGGGCUGCACUACAUCGCAGACCACCUGAGGGCAGAGGAUGCUGACUUUAGUGUGAAGGAAGACUGGAAGUACGUUGCCAUGGUGAUCGACCGUAUCUUCCUGUGGAUGUUUAUCAUCGUGUGUCUGCUGGGUACCAUCGGUCUCUUCCUUCCUCCCUGGUUGGCCGGCAUGAUCUAGGACCUUGGGGUGUCUGUGAUACCCGCCCACGGAGUGGAGUAGCAUGGGACUGGCACUACAGUGACAGGCCGGUGGUAGGAGACAGAUUAAGGACUGUCACUAAGUUAGUAGGAUGACUACCGAUAAGGGAGAUGCAUUAAGUCCACCGGGCUGUGACGUGGCGUGGUGAGAGAGGAGCGCCGUCCCACAGUAACCUGCGCCGCUCAGUCAUGUUGUCAACAAGGCAGCACGGUGCAUCAUCCAGGAAACAUAUCUUUUACAUAAAAUAUAUAUGUUUGAAUUUUAAAACUAGUUUUCAUUGGGAAGGCUGAUAUAAAGCCUUUUUGUUAUUCAAAUAAAUCCCCUUUUGCAUGUGAAAACACAGACUCCUAGAACACGUGCUGAACCCACGGAACUGUUUUGUUUUGAGUCCGGGAGGCAGCCAUGUUCCACAUGGUUCCAUCAACGCUAACCCGGUUCAACCCGGGGCAGGCCUGGGGCAUUAAUAGAAUCCCCUAAAUGCCCUGCUUCAUAUUGGAGAAGCAAUGACUUGUGGUUCAAUUCUAUCCAAUAAGAUUACUUGGCUGUUUUCAAGGAAGUAAGAGGCAGAAAGAAGACCAACUUCUUAGUAUGAACUCUGAAUCAGUUUGUACUACUUCUCACUCACUCACUCACUCACUCACUCACUCACUCACUCACUCACUCACUCACUCAGUCUGCUGCUACCAUAACAUUCUAAAGCAUAUUGUUUAACAAUGUGUUGCUGUGUAGUAAAGACUGUAUAAAUAGAAACGGCUGUUUUUGGGGAAUGAAUAUGAAUAAACAUGGCUUUAAUAAACGUUCCUACAUCCUG